UUACCCUACCGACUUGAGUCCACUCCACACAAGAAUCAAUCACCACAUGGAACCAUUCCGUUCUACGAGUUGUAUAUUCCACAGCAAAGUUGCUUCUAUAGAAGUCAACCGAUUAGGAUAGCUAAGAAAAGAUGAUCAAGGUCAACACGACUACAAAAAGUUGCACCCACUGGUUCUGAACGAUCUCUCGCCCUUGUGCGGCCAAAUCUCUGGGCCACAUGACGGCACAUCUCUCAGCGUUUCCUCGUGAUAUUUUUUGUUUGCUCCAUGCCAUGGUCCAUACUCCAGUCCAGAGUCCAGACGUUCUAAUCUACUAGUUAAAAAAAUGGAGAGGGGGAGAGAGAGAGCAUAUCUGCAUAUGGCCAUAUCCAUGCAUGAUCUAUCCAUCAGUCCAUGCCUAAUUAGUAGCGGUCACACAAAGAAGUCAGGUAUAUUAAGCAAAGCGAAAAGCGAAGAGGCCAUGACCAUCUCCUCCGCCUCCUCUUGCUGUGUAUAAAAGGCGUCGGCGGCGUCUCCUACCCACCACCCGGCCCCGCCUUCCCCGCAUCCAUGGCAAACCUCCCCUCCGCCGCCGACGCCGACGCCGCCGGGUUCAAGCUCUUCGGAAAGGUCAUCCAGCCACCCGAUGCCCACCGCGGCGCGGAGGAGAGCGCCCCCCCGCCGCCCGCGCUUCCUCCUCCGCCCCCGCCCCCGCCCCCGGCGCUUCAGCCGCACCCGCAGGCGCCAGCCUCGGGCGCAGCCGGGGCCACGAGCGGCGAGCCGCUGCCCUGCCCGCGGUGCGGGAGCAGGGAGACCAAGUUCUGCUACUUCAACAACUACAACGUGCGGCAGCCGCGCCACCUCUGCCGCGCCUGCCGCCGCUACUGGACGGCCGGCGGCGCGCUCCGCCGUGUUGCAUCCGCAUCCCCCGGCCGCCGCAGGCAGCGCCCCAACGCCCGAUCGGCCGCCGCCGCCGCCUCUACGGCGGCCGCGUCCUCCGCCUCCGCCUCCGUCGCCGAGGAGGGGGCCGGAGAGCGUUGACUCGCAGUCGUAGGCGCCGCUGGGGGGUAGGGCUCCGCUCGAGGAACCCGCAUGCGUGACGCAAUGCCCGGCGCCCAGGCCCACACGUCAGCAUCGCUACGGCCGGCAUGCGGGCCCCCCGCGCCCCAUCGCCCUUUUCCCACCUAGUACUCUCGCUUUUUGGUUUAUUAGGCUCAUUUUUUAUACCAUUUUAGGAUUUCUUUAGAUGGCCAAAAGGACACGGUCAGCAGCGACAGAGACGAUAAGUUUGGUAGCCAGUUAAAUAUGAAUCAUGAAUGUACUGGUACUGCUAUGCGGCAAUGGUGGAUUCAGAGGUGGCACAUUCAGCCAUGGCUUGUUUAAAGGAAAUCA